AUGGUCCUGGCCCUUGGGCUCUGUGAUGGGACUAAAACUGGUAUUGCAUUGUUGUAUGAUGAAGUAUCCGAAAAUGCUUAUGACAUCCGACUGAAGCUUACGAAAGAGGUAUUAACAAUUCAAAACCAAGAUGUCGUCUGUGUUAGUGGAAGUGAUCACAGUACAAAUCACAGAACUGUUACACUUCAUAGACAACCAGUUCAUGGCUUGGGCUUAAGCAUAAAGGGUGGUGCUGAGCACAAAGUGCCUGUCGUCAUAUCAAAAAUAUUUAAAGACCAAGCAGCUGACCAAACAGGAAUGUUAUUUAUAGGAGAUGCAAUAAUACAGGUUAAUGGUAUAAAUGUAGAAAGUGCUACCCAUGAAGAAGUGGUACACCUACUGCGAAAUGCUGGCGAUGAAGUUACCAUCACUGUUCAGUACCUCAGGGAAGCUCCAUCAUUUUUAAAGCUCCCAUUAGGUUCCCCUGGACCAUCCAGUGACCACAGCAGUGGAGCUUCAUCACCUCUCUUUGACAGUGGAUUACAUUUAAAUGGAAACUCAACUAACACUGCUCCAUCAUCACCCUCUUCACCCAUAGCUAAUGAACCAAAAUAUGAGAAGCGCUGGCUAGACACCUUGUCAGUUUCUCUGUCAAUGGCCCGAAUCUCGAGGUACAGAGCUGGAACAGAUAAAUUAAGAUCUAAUGCAUUUGAAGUGCUGGCACUCGAUGGAGUUAGUACUGGGAUACUUCAGUUUUAUACAGCCCAGGAGAGUGCUGACUGGCUGAGAGCAAUGUCAACUAACAUCAGUGAUUUGACACUUCAAAAUAUGAAAAUGGCAAAUAAAUGCUGUUCUCCCUCAGACCAGGUCAUACAUAUGGGAUGGGUAAAUGAGAGACUUGAAGGAAUUGAUUCAUCUCAACUCUACAAAUUCAAGUUUCUAGCACUGAAGGGUUCAUCCUUCUAUAUUUUCAGCACUCCACCGGUAAGCACACUAGACUGGGUACGAGCUGAAAAAAUUUAUAACCUCUGUGAGGUUCUAUUUAAAAUUCACAAGAUGAAGAAUCACAUACUGAAACAUGUCUUUCAGCUCUGGCUUGCUGACGAUUGCUGGCUACAAGCAAACUUGUAUUUAGGUAUUCAUCAGGACUUUGAUCUUGAAGACCAGAGGCCGUAUUGUUUCAGUGUUAUGGUUGGACAUGGCAAGAGUCAUUAUUUCAAUGUAGAGCUGGCCAGCGAAUUGGCAGUGUGGGAGAAAUCAUUUCAAAGAGCAAUUUUCUUGGAAGUUCAAAGAACAGGGUCUAAAACAUAUAUGUGCACUUGGCAAGGGGAUAGCCUGUGUUUCACAGUCGACUUUGCUCUGGGAUUUACCUGUUUUGACAGUAAAACAAAGAAUGUACUGUGGAGGUUUAGAUUCUCUCAGCUCAAAGGCUCUUCAGAUGAUGGGAAAACAAGAGUAAAGCUGCUAUUUCAGAAUCUAGACACCAAACAAAUUGAGACAAAGGAACUUGAAUUUCAGGAUCUGACAGCAGUUUUACACUGUAUUCACUCCUUUAUAGCAGCAAAAGUGGCAUCUGUGGAUCCAGUAUUCAUAGACAGUCAGAGUAUUGCAAGAAAAUAUAUGUACACUAACUGAUAUUAGAUUAUAUGUUGUG